AUGAACGUCUACUACUUUGUGCCAGAAUUAAAAACAUUCGUUGAGGCGCAGCAGUACUGCAGAGAGACCUACACAGACCUGGCAACUAUUGAAAGCAUGGAUGAUCUGAGUUUACUUGCGACCGGACAGGUCACGUCCAGCGGCGCGUGGAUCGGGCUGAUGAAAGGCAGCACUUUCUACUGGAACUGGGCUCUGUCAGACGGACGCUUUUAUAGAGAAGGAGAGAGAGAAUACAGAAACUGGGCACCUUUCAAGCCCGACACAAUAUAUUAUCAAGACUGUGUCAUCAUGACUUACAAAGGACAGUUUGAAAACACCAACUGCCUCAAUACCUUCAACUUCAUCUGUUUUGAUGCAAACAAUAUUGAGCAGCAAUACUUCUACAUCAGCUUUCUGUACACAUGGAGAGAAGCUCAGAGAUACUGCAGACGGUAUCACACAGAUCUGGUCAGCGUGAGGAACCAGGGAGAGAACCAAGAGAUCCAGCAGCUCAUUCCCACAGAAGGAUCCGCAUACAUCGGCCUCUUCAAAGACUCUUACAUCUGGUCCGACAACAGCGGGUCUUCCUUCAGAAACUGGGAUUCAUUUCAGCCAGGUUUGAUCGGAGAUUGUGUUGCGUUAGUGGAGGAAAGAUUUUGGAAGACGAUGCUCUGCAGCAGACAGAAACCAUUCUUCUGCUAUCACAUUCAUAUGAAGAGGCAAAUACUGAGACUGGAGGUGAAAUCUGGUCUGAAUGUGAAUGAUCCUGAUAUAAAGACGGCCAUCUUAACUGAGAUCGAGCAGAAGCUGCAGAAACUGGGAGUGAUGGCGAACAUCACCAGACUGGAAUGGAGAGAAGCAGCAGACGGAACGGUCUUUCAGAAGAACCAGAACAAAAUCAGUGUAGAGCAGAUGAAAAAGAAGAGAUGAACUAUAAGGCCUCUUUUACCAUACUUGUAAAAAGUCUUAAAAUAUGGUAUUGCUGCAUCCCUGUUUUGUUUUUAUUUACCAUCGGUGAAGAUUUAGAAUAACUUUGUUAGAUUAUGAAAUGACACAUGCAGGCCUGUAUAUUUAAAACAGAUGUAGUGCUGUACUAUGAUUUGUGGUUAUGGUUGUUCUUUGUAAUAAAGUAUGGGAGUAAUUGUCUCAAAUGUUUCAUGGUCUUGUGUCCAGAUACUAAAUGGGAUGUAGUGUUGAAAAAAACAAUGCUUAAUGCAAAUAAUAAAAUGUAACUAACCAGAUAACAGGCAU